AUGCAUCAAGAUCUUUGUCAAAAAGUUAAGCAAUUCUCUGCUUUUUGUGAGGCUAAUGCUGGAAGUAAGGAAGUAUCAUUCAUUGUCACAGACAACAGUGAAGACGAUGUCACAGAUGAUACUACAAGCAAAGGGGCAGUCAUAAUGCACUAUGAGAAUGGAAUACCAUAUCGUGAGUUUGAUCCUCCUGGUCGACCAGGAAAACCAAAACCCAUUAGUGUAGAGCACGAUAGCAUAAAGCUGCAAUGGAAAGCAUCUAGGGUUAUUGAUAAUGAGUCAAAAUUUGCUAAAAUUUGGCUUGUUUUGUACCAAAUGAUAAUUUUUAUAGUCACUAGCAUUGGCAAUUUUAUAAAAAAAUUGUGGGCUUUAAUUGGACCAAAUGCAUACCAUUUUAGCUCAUCAGAAACACUAGAUAGCUCAUCAAGCAUUGACUGCUACACAAUCAGUCUGCAGUGCAUCAAUGAAUCACCAUCAAACAGGUGGCAUAAUCAAAGGACAAAAGGAAAUGAAACAACUAUUACACUCAGUAAUUUAAAGCCAGAUACAAAGUAUAUAGCCAAGGUACGUGCUGAAUGUAGUUUGGGUCACAGUGAAGAAAGUGAGAUUAGUGAGAUUAUACAAACUAAAUUGCCAAUGGUCGAUUAUAGGCUAGAGAAUAUCAUUGCUAAAUCAACAGUCAUUGAAGCUGGGCCACCUGUAGUGUAUCAAAUUCAUGCUAGGCCAUUAGACCUUAAAAAAAGCAAUAUUGCCAAAGUGGAGUUUGGUAUUCCUGUUGUUCCUCAUAAACCAACAAGAGUACUAAUGGUUGUUGGAGCUACUGGAGCUGGGAAAAGCACAUUAAUCAAUGCAAUGGUCAACUUUUUACUAGGAGUGAAGUGGGAACAUGAAUUUCGUCUGAAACUAAUUCAUGAUGAGGUAAGUCAGAGCCAGGCACAUAGUCAAACACAAAUGAUCACUGCUUACACUUUUUACUGGCAAAAAGGUUCUCCAUUAAAUUGCAACUUAACCAUCAUUGAUACACCUGGGUUUGGUGACACUCGUGGCCUAAAAAGAGAUCAAGAGAUCACAAGACACAUACGAGAGUUUUUUGAACUGAAGGGUAGGGAUGGGUUGGAUUCAUUGCAUGGGAUUGGUUUUGUUACUCAAGCAUCACUAGCAAGAUUAACUCCAACUCAAAAAUACAUUUCUGACUCAAUCCUUUCUAUUUUUGGAAAAGAUAUCAAGGAUAAUAUCUUCAUCAUGACAACUUUUGCUGAUGGUGCUGAUCCACCAGUAAUGGGAGCUAUAAGAGAAGCAAAUAUCCCUCAUGCAAGUUUCUUUCCUUUCAAUAAUUCUGCCCUUUUUGCUCAUUCUGAUGGUAAGGCAGAUUUUUCUAAAAUGUUUUGGAAUAUGGGAUAUGCCAGUUUAAGAGAUUUUUUUAUUGAGUUUCAACAAUCAGGUGUUGUCAGUCUCCAGAUGACUCGUGAAGUUUUACAUGAACGCCAGCAACUAGAAACAAUUGUUAAUGGUAUUCAACCAAAAAUCAAUGCAGGACUAGCAAAAAUUGAUGAACUAAAACAAGAAGAAGAAAUGCUGAAGGCAAAUGAAUCGAAAAUAUUAGCAAAUAAAGAUUUUAAAUAUAAAGUAAAAGUCACCAAACAACGGCAGAUCCCACUUCCUCAUGGCCAAUAUGUUACUAAUUGUGUCUAUUGCAGUAUUACAUGCCAUAACGAUUGUAUCUAUGGUAAUGAUAAAGAUAAAUGGAAAUGUUGUGCAAUGUCUGGUAAUGAGAGUAAUGCAACUUGUAAGGUUUGUGUCAAUCAUUGUAGCUGGGAGAAGCAUUUCAAUAAUGGAUAUAUUUUUGAGUUUUAUGAGGAAAUGGAAACAAGGACAUCACAAGAGCUUUAUGAACGAUACACUGAAGCAAAAACAGCAAAAGAUAAACUUGAGUAUAUAAUUCAAGAAAUUGAAAAAGAGCUUCAGGAAAUGCAACGUGUUGUUCUGUACAACAUACGUAAAGCUCGCAAGUGUCUACAGCGUCUUGAUGAGAUUGCACUUAAGCCAAAUCCACUAACUGAAGUGGAGUACAUUGACCUACUCAUUAAAUCUGAAGAACAACAAAAAAAUGCUGGUUGGGAGAAGCGCAUAGAUUACUUUUAUGAAGUUCGGCAACAAGCUGAGUUACUAGCUACUGUAACAGAUGAAGAAGCAUUUGAAAAACUGGCUUGUGAAG